CUCAAACCGAUUCAUUGUUCCUCCCUCGUCUUUCAUUGAUUCUAUCUCUAUAUAUUCUGUGGGGUAACAAACAAAUAAACAACACAGCCGGUUCAGGCAUGCUCCCCAGUCCAAAGUAACUUCAGCAAGUGGGGUGACGAUGACCUCAUCAACCAUUUCUAAGACAUUCUCUACACACACAGCCCACCGGGGAAGAACUCGAUACUGCCUCAAUAUGGGUCCAGAAAGGUCCCCAGUUUCCUCCCAGCGGAUCCCUUCCGCUCGAUCGGCGGUGCUUUUUCAGUGGAGCUGGACGUGAGGACGAUCAACAAGCCUGAUGAUAGCACAAUCCUGCCCAAUUUAUACAUACUUCGAGCCCUGGUCGAUCGGAAGCGCUGAUUUGACCGGCUAUGUCUGGCCCUGGAGCGGUCAUUCGUGCUUUGUUCCGGGCACUGCAACCAUCUCUCGUUCCAGAACCCGACCGAUGUAUGUUUAGGCUGAUCGUCUGCUCACUGAUUUGCUGUGUUUGGCCACAAGGCGCAUUAUCCCAGUCCGGUCUCCAGUCUCCAUUGCCCAGGUUGUGGCAGUGGUAGGUAGUGCUAGUGGCCGUGUCAGUGGCAGUGGCGGGUGGCAGUGGGCCAACGCGACCCUUCCGAAUCCCACUGCCUCGCAACGAAUAUGCCCGAACUCAUCUUUCGCGGGUGGAGUAGCUCUGACCACUGAGCUAUAUGAAACUGGCUUGUAU